GUAACUGGGGAUACAGGUACAAUUCUGUAAUAGGCUUUUUUAUGAUAGGAUAACAGUUUUUCUAUAAAUACAGCGGCUCAUUCUUUUACUUUCAAUGGAUUUUAAAUUAUCUGCAAUUUCCAAUGUUUAAACAUAUCACAUUAAUAGUGCUCUUGGUUACAACUGCACUUGCUAAAACAGUACUGUAUCCCACUGCUAUAGGUGAUGCUUCUUUCUGCUUCGAUUGCCCUGUGGAAGGAAAUCACUGUUUUCUCUUUAACUUGGAGGGAAAACAAGAAUGCUUAAUGGAGAGUAAUGGAAAUACUAUCACGGAUUCAUGUACUUCGCAAGAUACGUACUUCGACUACAAAGAUAAUAAUUUUACUGCCAAGCCAGAGUUUGUUAGUGGAAAGUGCAAAGUAGAUUUGGGAGUGAUUAUACCUGGAUCAUCCAAGGAUGGACCAGUGUGCAAGUCAGAAGAUUUCGCAAGCGCAUGUAUAUACUUUUUGGAUGAUCAUGAUGCCCCUCCUACCACCAAUAGCGGCUCCCUUUCCAGUGACAGUGCUUCCGUAUCAGACGCUGGUAGCUUAAAAAUCUUUUUGCCCUGCGUGUUUUUAACAGUAUUAACAGCUAUGAUAUUCAUUUAA